UGGGCUCUCCGCGGGGUCCUAGUGCCCUCCGCACCGCCACUCCAUACCUGCGAGGCCGUGGGCACGCGCUCUCACUAGCCUGCUGGAGGCUGCCGGCGCCCGGGCGGUCCGACCGCUGAACUCGCCUCCGCUACCUUUCCAGGGCCUUCCCGUCAUGAGAAGCGCUCUCCCUCUGUUCCUUUUCUCUCUGGUUACCUUUUGCGGGAGAGGGGACUGCCGUGUGGCCAAUGCAGAGGAGAAGCUCAUGGACGACCUUCUGAACAAAACCCGCUACAACAACUUGAUCCGCCCAGCCACCAGCUCCUCCCAGCUCAUCUCCAUCCAGCUGCAGCUCUCCCUGGCCCAGCUCAUCAGUGUGAAUGAGCGAGAGCAGAUCAUGACCACCAACAUCUGGCUGAAACAGGAAUGGACAGACUACCGCCUGGCCUGGAACAGCUCCCGCUAUGAGGGUGUGAACAUCCUGAGGAUCCCUGCAAAUCGUGUCUGGCUGCCUGACAUCGUGCUUUACAACAAUGCCGACGGGACCUACGAGGUGUCUCUCUAUACCAACGUGGUGGUCCGCUCCAAUGGCAGCGUCCUGUGGCUGCCCCCUGCCAUCUGCAAGAGCGCCUGCAAGAUCGAGGUGAAGCACUUCCCCUUUGACCAGCAGAACUGCACCCUCAAGUUCCGCUCUUGGACAUAUGACCACACGGAGAUUGACAUGGUCCUCAAGACGCCCUCGGCCAGCAUGGAUGACUUCACCCCCAGUGGCGAAUGGGACAUAGUCGCCCUCCCUGGGCGAAGGACAGUGAACCCGCAGGACCCCAGCUAUGUGGAUGUGACUUAUGACUUCAUCAUCAAGCGCAAGCCGCUCUUCUACACCAUCAACCUCAUCAUCCCCUGCGUGCUCAUCACCUCCCUGGCUAUCCUUGUCUUCUAUCUGCCAUCCGACUGUGGCGAGAAGAUGACGCUGUGCAUUUCCGUGCUGCUGGCUCUCACCGUUUUCCUGCUGCUCAUCUCCAAGAUCGUGCCGCCCACCUCCCUCAACGUGCCGCUCAUCGGCAAGUACCUCAUGUUCACCAUGGUGCUGGUCACCUUCUCCAUCGUCACCAGCGUCUGCGUGCUCAACGUGCACCACCGCUCACCUAGCACCCACACCAUGGCGCCCUGGGUCAAGCGCUGCUUCCUACACAAGCUCCCCACCUUCCUCUUCAUGAAGCGCCCCGACAGCAGCCCCUCCAGGGUGCCCCAGUCCAGCCAGGCUCGCCUGACCAAGUCUGAGGCCACCACCACCACCACCUUGGCCAUGGGCCCCACCAGCUCGUCCAACCUCUAUGGGAACUCCAUGUACUUUGUGAACCCUGGCUUGGCGGCUCCCAAGUCUCCAGUGGCCUCAGACUCAGCGGGUAUCCCCAGAGAUUUCCGGCUGAGGUCUUCUGGGAGGUUCAGGCAGGAUGUGCAGGAGGCUUUAGAGGGAGUCAGCUUCAUUGCCCAGCACAUGAAGAGUGACGAUCUGGACCAGAGUGUCAUCGAGGACUGGAAGUACGUGGCCAUGGUGGUGGACCGGCUGUUUCUGUGGGUGUUCGUGGUUGUGUGUGUGCUCGGCACUGUGGGGCUCUUCCUACCUCCCCUCUUCCAGACCCACACGCCUUCUGAAGAGCCCUAGGCUGCCCUGCGUGUCUGAGGCCCCCAGGAUGUGGGGUGAGAUGCUGUGAGUGGCCAGGUGGACAGUUUGCCGCUUCCUUCUGGGUCACGGCAGAUGAAGCCCUAAAUAAAUGAGUCAAUAAGACAUCAGCCUCAUCCAACAGCCAUAGCCAUGGAGGGAGGUGGGGGAGCGGCAAGAAUGAGGGGCCUGGACUGUCCUCUCUGAAGGCCUUGGAGGAACCCCAGGAAACCCCCAGCAAGAGGGUCUUUGGACACCUUAAUUCUGGCCUAUCUUCCUUCCCCAGCAGACAGUGCAGAUAACGAUGAGCAUAACAUUGGCAUCUUACCCCCAUCCCGGCCUACCUCUCACUCCAUCUCUCUCCACUCCACCUAUCCACGAGGUUCACUGGCCUUCUUUUAGUCCCUCACGUGCUUCAGUAUCUUCCCAGCUUAGAGCCCCUGCCUUUGCUGUACAUUCUACCAACACCUGCUUCUCUGGAUGCCUCGGAAGCUCUCCAAACAGCUGCAUCAUUCAGGGCUCUGCUCCACCCGUCAUUUGUCCAAGGCCACCUCCCCCAGAGGCCUCCCUCAGCCCUUCAUUCCAAAGCAUUCUCCCCCACAGCCGUGUUACCCCACCACCUUCCUCCAGUGCCCCUCAGCACCCAAGACUCUCAUUAGAGUGUUUAUUGUCCGCCUCUCACUCACUAGAGUGUGAACUCUGUGACAGUGGGGACCUAGACCUUUGUGUUUGCUGCGAUAUCCCCACAGGACAGAGCUCAGCACACAGUAGGGGCUCAAUAAAUGUUUGUUGAAUGAA